AUGUCGACGCCUACUGACGCGACUACCGCCGACCAAGUGGUCGCAUCUGGAUCCGGAGAAGCUGCUGCUGCUGCUGCUGCUAAGAGCAACGGCUUGCACAGCAACAAGUCGGGGUGGGACGGCAAGCUACGCCUGGACAAGAACAAAAAGGCCAUACUGGCAAACCCGGAAGCCCUGUCGGAUCCCGACCGCGUGUCUUCCAUCUCUGCCCUCCGCCUCGAACGCUUUAGCAAAGUCAUCGUCANNAAACUGUGUUUGCGCCAAAACUCCAUUUCCUCCAUCGAACUCCCCGAAUCCCUCUCCACUACUCUCCGAGACCUCGAGCUGUACGACAACCUCAUCUCGCACAUCAAAGGUCUCGACUCCUUUACAGAGCUGCGUAGCUUGGACCUAAGCUACAACAAGAUCAAACACAUCAAACGUGUCAAUCACUUGAAGAAGCUCGACCACCUCUACUUUGUCCAGAACAAGAUUUCGCGCAUCGAGGGCUUGGAUGGUCUAACAAACCUUACAUACUUGGAGUUGGGUGCCAACAGAAUCAGAGAAAUCUCGGGCCUAGAAGCUCUGGUCAACCUUGACUCGUUAUGGCUCGGUCAAAACAAGAUUACUGAGCUCAAGGGACUUGUUACCCUCACAAAACUAAAGACACUGUCCAUCCAAGCAAACAGAAUCACAUCAUUGGAAGGGCUUAAGGAGCUACCUCAACUCGAAGAGCUGUACAUCUCCGAUAAUCUCUUGACUUCUCUCGAGCCUCUCUUGUAUGCUCCAGACAUUCGGAUUCUAGACGUUCAAAACAAUCCCAUCACUUCGCUACGUGGUGUAUCAGCACUGGUCCAUAUCGAAAACAUCUGGGCAACAAGCUGCAAGCUGGAACGUUUCGAUGAGCUCGAAAAAGAGCUUAGUGACAAGAAGGAGCUCUCGGAAGUCUACUUUGAAGGCAAUCCUUUACAAAAAUCGAACCCCGUCCUGUAUCGCAACAAGGUCCGCUUAGCUCUGCCUCAGGUCUCGAAGAUUGAUGCCAUUUGA